AAAGAUCAAGUUGGAGUCUGAAAAGUUAAAAAUUGGUUGAGUAUAAAUCUCAUGGGAGCUGUGGUCUGAGUUCAAAUAUUUUUACUUCAGAUACCAUGUCAAACACUCAUGACAUUAAUUCCCAUCGAAUCGGCCAAAACACUUGAAAGCAAAGCAGCCACAACAUAAAAAAACGAAGAAACUAUGUUUUUUCCUUUGGAAUCUUCACUUCACGAAUCUGAUUUACUUCAAAAAAAAAAAUGUAAGACUCCAUGAUUUUCAAUUGAUUUAGAGAUUUUAAAGCUGUUUCGUUAGGGUUUUGAAGCGAUGUUUGGAUCGGAAAUGGAGACGAAAAUGAAGAAAUGUAGGCAGUUGAGUCCAGAGAGAGCCAAAGUUUGGACUGAGAAAUCUCUCAAGUAUUAUCAGCAUAACCGGAAAGUUCCAGUUGUUUAUUAUCUCUGUAGAAAUCGCCAGCUUGAACAUCCUCAUUUUAUCGAAGUUCACCUCUCUUCUCCCGAUGGCCUCUAUUUGAGAGAUGUGAUUGAGAGGCUUAAUAUUCUUAGAGGCAGAGGAAUGGCUUCCUUGUAUUCUUGGUCUUGCAAGAGAAGCCAUAGGAAUGGAUUUGUAUGGCAUGAUAUUUCUGAAGAUGAUUUAAUUCUUCCCUCCCAUGGAAAUGAGUACGUUCUCAAAGGCUCCGAAUUAUUCGAAGGAUCUAGCUCAGAUCGAUAUAGUCCUGUUGGGAAUAGCAAUAGAUUGCAACAUCUGAAGCAGUUACCUGAACCACCGUCUUCUAGAAGCCAAGAUGAUUCUUCGUCAUCUUCCAGUAUGAAUGGAAAGAGAACAAAGCAUUCGCAGGAUGAUGAACUCUCUUCUCCAGUUAAUCACCCUGCUCCUGGCUCCUCUGGUGCAUCACCGGAGUCUAGAUAUGAAAAGAAUUCUUCCUGGGGUUGUUCACUUAGCUUGAGUGAGUAUAAGGUUUAUAAGAGUGAUGGGUUAGCAGAUGCCUCAACACAGACUGAGGAUAACACCAGCAGACUGAAGACACGGGAAAGUUGUACAAGGGGUAUUUCAACUGAUGAUGGGUCAUUAGAACCCAAAUGCAAUGCUAAUUUCCAAAACCUGGUCCCUAACCCUUGUGUUAAAGAUAAUUCUGAGAUAUGCAGGAACUUAGUUUCUCUUCCGGCCACUUCUAGUGCCUCAACUUCAGGAGGGAAAACUGAAAAGUUGGAAUCUCUAAUUCAAGCUGACGCAAGUAAAAUCAAUAGUUUUAGGAUUCUUGAAGAGGAAGAAAUUAGAAUGCCCACCAAUGCACGGCUCAAGGCAACAAGCAUGUUGAUGCAGUUGAUCUCAUGUGGGGCGAUCUCUGUGAAAGACCAUCCUUUUGGCCUUGUUCCAACCUAUAGACCUAGGUUUUCGCACUCAAAAUUUUCGUCGCCAUUGUUCUCUACUUCAAUCAUGUUGGGAGAGCUUGAUUGUUUAUCAAAGAAUCCAAGGCUGAUAGGCUUGAAAUUGGAAGGCAAAGAAUAUUUCAGUAGUAGCUUGAUUGAGACGAAAAUGCUCAAAGAAGAUGGACAUGCCAGUCGUUCUUCUUCAUACAGUGCUUAUAGGACUUGUAAGGAGCUGGAUUCAGCUGAAGACAAAGAAGAGUUGAGUCUGGGACGUACAAAAUGCAUCCCACGUUCUAUCAAGGCUUCACUAAGCAAGCAACCAAGAAUUGAGUCUGUGAGAUGUCCUGUUUCAGAGAAACCAAGAAAAUCCCAUGAAGGGAUUGAUAACUCGUGCUCUAUAUUGAGUAGCAUAUCCAAUGGUGGCAGUAGAAGAAUCACAGAGCCCGUCUCUAGCAAAAAGCAAUCAAAAAGGUUAGAGUCAUUCAGAGAAGAGGAGAAGGUGAUCAAAAUUGAAGAAAGGCUUGCUUCAGGAGCUCGGGUUAUAAUCCAAUCCAAGGCGCCUUGUGAUACCAUUAUUGCUUGAUCCUAGGAAAGGAAAGGAACAUGAUUAAGGUCAGGUGAGGCAAAUGGUAUCCUGCUCGGAUCCUUUUAGGAAAGCUUGUUCAAUGUAAGACUUUUGGUUUUCAAAUUUGGUUUGAAUUUCAAAUGAUGUUAGAUACAUUGGCGGGUCCAAUGUGAUGAUUGUGUAAAUCUGGAAAGCUAAAAAAAGGCAGAAAAAGAGAAAGGUAGAUGUCACUCCUGAUGGUUGGAGUAAAUUUUUGGUUCACCCUUCUUUUCUUAUAUGAGAUUGGGCUUUUAUGUUACUACAGUCGCAAUAUCAUGGAUUCAUCUCUUCUUUUUAUAAAAAUUUUCAUUUUGAGGUCAUUGUCGCCAAUUUGUACCUGAAA